AUGAAAGUAAAUGACAGUUCAGAGGAAGACUUCAUCUUAGCUGGCUUCUCAGAAUAUCCCCAGGCAGAGUUCCUGCUCUCGCUGUUUGUCUUUGGGUUCUAUGCCGUGACACUCUCAGGUAACACAGCCAUCAUCUUGGUCUCCCUCCUGGACAGCCGGCUCCAUACCCCAAUGUACUUCUUCCUUCGAAACCUCUCAUUUCUGGACAUGUGUUUCACUACCUGCAUUGUCCCUCAGAUGUUGACAAAUGUCUUGGGAGGUAGUAAGAAGAUAAGCUAUGUGGGCUGCGUGGUUCAGUAUUCUGUGGCCUUGGCACUUGGCUCCACAGAGUGUGUGCUUCUUGCUGUCAUGGCUGUUGACCGUUACGUUGCCGUCUGCUGGCCCUUGCGCUAUGCUACAAUUAUGCACCAACAGAUCUGCCACCUUUUUGCAGCCAUAUCCUGGCUUUCGGGGUUUGCCAACUCUCUCUUCCAGUCUUCACUGGCCAUUGUUCUGCCUCUGUGUGGCCACCGCUGGGUGGACCAUUUCCUUUGUGAAGUCCUGGUCAUCAUCAAGCUGUCCUGUGUGGACACUGGUCCAGUCGAAUCGAAGAUGUUCAUUGCUCGCUUGAUCAUUCUUGUCGUUCCAGUCUCCAUCAUCCUUACCUCCUAUGCCUGCAUUGCCAGGGCUGUGGUGAAGACGCAGUCUGCUGAAGGACGGCAGAAGGCCUUUGGGACUUGUGCAUCCCACCUGGUGGUGGUCUCGCUGUUCUAUGGAACUAUCAUGUUCAUGUACCUACAGCCUAAGAGUAACUACUCUCAGAAUCAGGGAAAGGUCCUUGCCCUCUUUUAUACUGUUGUUGCCCCCACCUUGAAUCCACUAAUCUAUACACUGAGGAACAAAGACGUAAAGAGGGCGAUUAGAAAAGUGAUAUGGAAGGAUUCAGUUUAA